AUGUUUGAAAACUUGGAGUCAAUUGGAGAGACUGAAUUAUCGUUGAAUAGACUCCCAAAAACUUUAUACCUGGCGCGUUUUAUUCUGAUUGGCUGAAAUGUUUGCUCUGUGAUUGGUGGAAUAAGACUGACUUGAUGUACCAACGGCAAUUUUCGAUCCUAAAUUAUUUUUUGCUGGUUUUAGUUCUUUGAAGGGUAGUUUUUGUAAAGAAAUAUUCUGACGAGAAUAGGCCCAUGUGAAAAAAAUUUAUGUUUGCAACAAUGUUAUAAAUCGCUGCAUUUCUCGUGCCAAAAAUACAUCAUAUUUCUACAAAUCGGGAGCGCAAAUGUCCGUCACGGUAAACUACUUUAGCAAAUUAUGCGCAUAUUUCACUUGUCAUAAUAUUUGCCCUCUGCUUAACUUAAAUAUCGCUUUUGUUAUAAUUGAACCAAUGGAAAGGCCUCUAAGCUUCCAGCGAGGUCCUCUUUGCUGUCAUAUAAAGCAGAAACGAAGGUUUUCUGGCACAAUUCGAUAAGAGAGCACUAACAUUCAGUCAAUAUGUCUGGUCGUGGCAAAGGAGGCAAAGGUCUAGGAAAAGGAGGCGCCAAGCGUCAUCGAAAGAUCCUUCGUGAUAACAUCCAAGGCAUCACCAAGCCAGCUAUCCGUCGUCUUGCUCGCCGUGGCGGUGUCAAGCGAAUCUCUGGCCUCAUUUACGAAGAAACCCGUGGCGUUCUUAAAGUUUUCCUCGAGAACGUUAUCCGCGAUGCUGUAACGUACACCGAGCACGCCAAGAGAAAGACCGUGACAGCCAUGGACGUGGUGUACGCUCUCAAACGCCAGGGACGUACUCUGUACGGAUUUGGUGGUUAGACUACACUGCCUACACUCACAUCACAAACGGCUCCUUUAGGAGCCACCAAAUCCUUAAAAGUCAUGACCAAUAAAGUUUGCUAUAAUCUUUAUCUCUUACGUCCUGGUCUUUUGAAAGCUCCAGAGAGGGCAUCACAGAAAUUGGCUAAAUUUUUGAACAAAUUAUUGUCUAUAACUGGUCGAUGAUUAGGCUUUCUGGUUAAAUCUUUGCACACUUUCCUUCGGCUAAAUCCUCCCUGUAACGGCUACUACUGGGGAAAGGUUUGUCGUGUUACCGGUCGUUUCGAUACAAGUUUAUUCCGUCGAGUAGUAAAUAGUUUAACGAACUUGGCUUAAAUAACGAAGAAUGUUCACCCAAAGUGCUUUUCUUUUUCACGGGCAAACUUUACUUAAAGAGAUCGAAAUUUUUAUGUAAUUUCACUGCUCAAGUUUGUAUCGAAACGACCGGUUUGUCGGUUCUAAAGGGACACCCAAGUACUUCGCCCUUCAGGAACGAUCCUUAGUGAGAUUUUGAGUAGUUUUGGAAUCUAUACCCCUUGCAUACGUGUUUUCACUAUAACAAGUUUGUAAGACCUUUAGUUGAUACUGUGAGCUUUUUAUAAAAGUUUUUACUUAAGUGAUGAAAUUCUUGUAAGGCCCACUUUUUCAAGGGGAAGUUAAACAAUGUUGGCGACUUUGCAUCGAUGCUGUGAGCUUUUUAUAAAAGUUUGUACUUAAGUGAUGGAAUUCUUGUAAGGCCCACUUUUUCAAGGGAAAGUCAAUCAAUGUUGGCGACUGUCAUGAUCGAUGCGGAAUGUUUUUCUUUUCAGUGGAAAAGUUUAUGAAAGGUUUUCCGUCUAAGACUUUGGUCAAAUGUGGAACUUUCUUGGAAGUUUUACCGUUCUGUGAUCAAUGUGCAACGAAAGUUCACUCCCUGUAUUAAGGUAGCGUAAAUUUGCAUUUGAAUAGUCCUUAUCUUUUCACGAGCUAAUGCUCAAACAAAAUUAUCUUACGGCCGGAAAUGAUGCGGCUACUAGUUCUCUUAAUUUACACAAGGAGAGAAAAGUUACUUAAAGUUGUUUUAAAAUCGUUCAGUUUUCCGUAGAAUUUUUCUCCUUGGCCAUCUGUCAAAUGUGGAAAGGUUUCCCACUCUGUAAACAGCGUGUAAGGAAGGAGCUCUUUUCCUAACGAACUCACAUCAAUUUGCGCGCUCAAACUUGCACUAAAUUUGCAUUUGAACAGUCCUUGUCUUUUCAUAAGCUCGUUAACGUUGCUUUAAGGUCUGUCCAAUUUCCUUAGAAUCUGCAUAAAAUGGCUUUGCAGACGUUCAGCUAUUCUUGAAGUGUCCUUCGUCCAUCUUAAAAGGGAAAUUUUGUACGAAAAUAAGUUUUCAAGAAUUUGGGCGCUAGAAUUUCCUUAUAUAUACUCCUAAGCUAGUCCUUGUAAAGGAACUUUACUUUUGGGUUUAAUUUCUGGAGUAAAGGUAAUUGAUAACUGAGUAUUGGUCAUGAUUUUAUAACAUAUGGUGGCUCCUAAAAGAGCCGUUUGUGUUUUGAAAGCUUUAGUUUAAGCUUUCUGCUUCUUCUCGGUCUUCUUGGGCAACAGCACAGCCUGGAUGUUGGGAAGAACGCCUCCUUGGGCGAUGGUGACACCAGCGAGCAGUUUGUUCAACUCCUCGUCAUUUCGGACGGCUAGCUGAAGGUGACGGGGGAUGAUUCUUGUCUUCUUGUUGUCACGAGCAGCGUUGCCAGCCAACUCAAGGAUCUCAGCGCUUAAAUACUCCAGCACGGCGGCCAAGUAGACCGGGGCACCGGCGCCAACUCUCUCAGCAUAGUUUCCUUUGCGAAGAAGACGGUGGAUUCGACCAACAGGAAACUGAAGCCCUGCUCGGGAUGAUCGGCUCUUGGACUUCGUGCCCUUUGCCUUUCCUUUACCGCGACCAGACAUAUCGAAAUUUAGUAGCAGUGUUCUGAGUAGUGUUCUAGGGAAAUGAAUGACUCAAAUUUGGCGGUCUACGAGAUUUAUACCACCAUCUCUUUUCGUUAGGAUCGAAAUGCACCAAUCAAAGUCCUCCUGCGUUUUUGAAUUUCAAAUAACCUUUGUAAAAAAGAAAAUGACAUGCACAGUAGACACAGCAACUUCAACGCGUCUUUUAUGAAAAGAGCAGUGUGUGCCCAGUGAGACAUCCAAUCAGAAAGCAAGGAUUUCGAUCCGUAUGAUAAUCGAUCAUUUCGUUAUUUUGGUAUAAAUACAAGAUGGAUCGCGUUGGCCGAUCAUACCCAUACUACAAGCAUGGCACCCAAAGUUGCAGGAAAGAAAGGCGAGAAGAGAGCCGGAAAGGCAAAGGCUGCUGGAGAGAAGAAGAAGAGGAGAGGAAAGAGAAAGGAAAGCUAUGCUAUCUACAUCUACAAGGUGUUGAAGCAAGUUCACCCUGACACUGGUAUCUCCAGCAAGGCCAUGGGCAUCAUGAACUCGUUCGUCAACGACAUCUUCGAGCGCAUCGCGACCGAAGCUUCCCGCCUUGCCCACUACAACAAGAAAUCAACCAUCAGCUCCCGCGAGAUCCAGACCGCCAUCAGGCUGCUUCUGCCCGGUGAACUGGCGAAACACGCCGUCAGUGAAGGAACCAAGGCUGUGACCAAGUACACCAGCAGCAAGUAA